GCUAAGUCUGCAGGCAAAGGGCAGCUGCUUGGAAUUUUCCGAAAACCCAAAACCAUGAAGUAUCUAUGGUUGCUGCUGUUGUGUGUUUUCUCGGUUCAAACUCAAGCUGCUGACGAUGACUACGAUGAUGCGGGACUCUUGGAUGCCCGUGGUCACCGACCCUAUGACAGGAGAAAGGAAGAGGCUCCUAGCCUGAGACCCGCCCCGCCUCCUAUCAGCGGAGGUGGUUAUCGAGCCCGUCCAGCCAAAACUGCUGUCAGCCAGAGGAAAGCGGAACGAAAAGCCCCUGAUGCAGGAGGCUGUCUUCACGCCGACCAAGACCUGGGAGUGCUGUGUCCUACAGGAUGCCAAUUGCAGCAGGCCUUGGUCAACCAGGAAAGGCCGAUCAAGGCCAGCGUCGCCGAGUUAAAAGGCAACAUACAGUCCAUUUCGGAGUCCUCCUCCACCACCUUCCAGUACAUGAAGCUGCUCAAAGACAUGUGGCUAAAGAAGCAGGCCCAGGCUAAAGAUAAUGAAAAUGUCAUAAGUGAGUAUUCCUCUAUUCUGGAAGACCAGAGGAUAUAUAUUGAUGAGACCGUGAACGAUAAUAUCCCCCUUAACCUUCGUGUGCUCCGCUCAAUCCUGGAGACCCUGAGGAGCAAAAUACAAAAGCUCGAAUCUGACAUCUCGGCGCAGAUGGACUACUGCCGCACCCCGUGCACGGUCAGCUGCAACAUCCCUGUGGUGUCUGGCAAAGAGUGUGAGGAGAUCAUUAGGAAAGGAGGGGAGACAUCCGAAAUGUAUCUGAUCCAGCCGGACACCUCCAUCAAACCGUACAGAGUCUACUGUGACAUGAAGACAGAAAACGGAGGAUGGACAGUCAUACAGAACCGUCAGGAUGGCAGUGUCGACUUUGGCCGGCAAUGGGACCCGUACAAACAAGGAUUUGGAAAUAUUGCAACCAACGAAGAUGGGAAGAAGUACUGUGGCCUGCCAGGUGAAUAUUGGCUUGGGAACGAUAAGAUUAGCCAGCUUACAAGGAUGGGACCCACAGAACUUCUGAUCGAAAUGGAGGACUGGAAAGGUGACAAAGUGAAGGCCCAUUAUGGAGGGUUCACAGUGCAGAACGAGGCUAACAAGUACCAAGUCUCAGUGAACAAGUACAAAGGAACGGCUGGCAAUGCCCUCAUGGAGGGAGCCUCUCAGCUGGUGGGGAUAAACAGAACCAUGACCAUCCACAACGGCAUGUUCUUCAGCACGUACGACAGGGACAACGACGGCUGGUUAACUUCAGAUCCUCGGAAACAGUGCUCAAGAGAAGAUGGUGGUGGAUGGUGGUAUAACAGAUGCCACUCCGCCAAUCCAAAUGGCAGAUACUACUGGGGUGGUCUUUACAGCUGGGACAUGGCCAAGCACGGCACAGAUGACGGUGUGGUGUGGAUGAACUGGAAGGGAUCCUGGUACUCAAUGAGGAAGAUAUCUAUGAAGAUCAGGCCCUUCUUCCCACAGUAGUAGUCCCCGAAGUGUAGACUUUUAUUCUUCUAUGUGUGACAUUUUUUACUGUAUGUUGUUGCAAUCCUCUUUGUUACAUUAUACCCACUAAAACUCAGAACAAUCGUUGGUUGUGUCUUUUUCGGAAAGGCAAAAGAUAAAGACAUUGAAAACA